AUGGUCCAACCAGGUUGCCACGACAAGCAGGCCCGUCGCAUCGAAAAGCGGCAGCCUGUGAAGCAAACGGAGCUUUGCGCGUUCUUCGCCGCUGGGAAGUGCACCCGUGGGAGCCGCUGCACCUUUGCUCACGGCACCGCCCAGCUACGCCCACGCCCCGACCUCUACAAGACAAGGCUUUGCUCCUCAUGGGCCCUGCUGCAGCGCUGUCCUUACGGCGAAAGCUGCACGCAUGCCCACGGUGAAGAAGAGCUACGCGCAGUCGGCGCCUUUCCAGAUCUGGAGGCGCGAGAGCUGAUCAAGGAGGCGUCCUCCACGGCAUCCGGAGACUGCGGAUCUGAGCUCUCUCUGUCAUCGGCGGUGACGCAGUUUGGCUUGCCGAAGGCCAACGAUCACACGAUAAGGUAUGCCGAAUACAAUUCCCUUCUUGACAUUGACGCCGACUACCCAAUCACGACUCCCGACUACCUUCCGGCCCCAUGGAGUGGCUUUCAGCAUCAACAGCCGGCCACUGUGCAGGCCAACAUGCAGGCGAUGCAAUUCUUCCCUCGUCAAGCCGAAGUCUUGAGCUUGUAG